AUGUCGCCCUCAGUAGAACCCCCAACAGCUCAGAAGGGUCGCCUCCUGGCCCUGGGCUGCGAAGGCAGCGCAAACAAGCUCGGCGUCGGGGUCAUCUCGCACUCGCUGCCGCUGCCGCCCAUCCCCAGCAACACGCAGCCCGAGGCCGAGGUCCUGUCCAACAUCCGCCACACCUACAACGCGCCCCCGGGCGCGGGCUUCCUGCCCAAGGACACGGCGCAGCACCACCGGUCGCAGUUCUGCAACGUGACCCUCGAGGCCCUGCGCGCCGCCAAGGUGACCAACCCGCGGGAGCAGAUCGACUGCGUCAGCUUCACGGGCGGGCCGGGGAUGGGGGCGCCGCUGACGAGCGUGGCGGUCGCGGCGCGCACGCUGGCGCUGCUGUGGGGCAAGGACGACAGCAUGGUGGGCGUGAACCACUGCGUGGGCCACAUCGAGAUGGGGCGGUCCAUCACGGGCGCCGACAACCCCGUGGUGCUGUACGUGUCGGGCGGCAACACGCAGGUCAUCGCCUACGCGGAGCAGCGCUACCGCAUCUUCGGCGAGGCCCUCGACAUCGCCGUCGGCAACUGCCUCGACCGCUUCGCCCGCACCAUCAUGAUCCCCAACGACCCGGCCCCCGGCUACAACAUCGAGAUGCUGGCCAGGAAGAGCAAAGGUGAGAUCCUGCACGACCUGCCCUACGCCGUCAAGGGCAUGGAUUGCUCCUUCAGCGGCAUCCUGGCCAAGGUGGAUGACCUUGCCGCGCAGAUGCUGGCAGGGAAGAAGGUCACCACGGCGGAGGGCAAGGCCGUCGAGAUCACCAAGGAGGACCUGUGCUUCAGUCUGCAAGAGACCGUGUUCGCCAUGCUGGUGGAGAUCACAGAACGCGCCAUGGCCCACGUUGGAAGCCAGCAGGUCUUGAUCGUGGGCGGCGUGGGCUCGAAUAUCAGGUUGCAGGAGAUGAUGGGUGCCAUGGCAAGGGACAGGGGAGGCAGUGUAUAUGCGACAGACGAGAGGUUCUGUAUCGACAACGGCAUCAUGAUCGCGCACGCUGGACUACUGGCGUACGAGACCGGCUUCCGGACGCCUUUGAAGGACACGACGGUCACGCAACGGUUUCGGACCGACGAAGUCCACGUCAAGUGGAGGGUCUGA